AAAGCUGGAAGCCCCGCCCCGGGGCGUGGCUAAUCUGGACGAAACCACUGUCUGGAGAGCGGGGGGCGGAGCCCCCUCUCUGGCCUGGUGCACGGUCUGCGCUCCGGGCUGGUGGCUCCUCACUACUGGCGCCGUCCCCCGCCGUGUAUGGUGUGGCCCGGGGUCGCUGGUCACGCGUCGGGGGCGCGGCCUGCUCCCGACCUAGGUGGUCCCUUCGACCGCUGAGGAAGGAGUUGCUUGGAGCUGCGCGGGCAGCUGCGAAGAUGCUGGGCCCACGGCUCCUCACCUGGGUCCUCCUGGCCGCGACUGUCACCUGCUCCCAGGCACAGCAAGUGCCGCCGUGGACAGAAGAUUGCAGAAAAUCAACUUAUCCUCCCUCUGGACCAACCUAUAGAGGACCAGUUCCGUGGUACACCAUAAAUCUUGAUUUACCGCCCUACAAAAGAUGGCAUGAAUUAGUGACUGACAAGGCACCAAUGGUGAGGGCUAUAGUGAAUUCCAUCAAGAAUUUAGUAAACGCAUUUGUGCCAAGUGGAAAAAUCAUGCAGAUGGUGGACCAAAAGUUGCCUGGCCUACUUGGCAAGAUUCCUGACCCUUUUGAAGAUGAAAUGAAGGGAAUUGCAGAUGUUACUGGAAUCCCUUUAGGAGAGAUUAUUUCAUUCAACAUUUUCUACGAAUUGUUCACCAUGUGUACAUCAAUAAUAACUGAAGACCACGAAGGUCAUUUACUGCAUGGAAGAAAUAUGGAUUUUGGCAUAUUUCUUGGGUGGAAUAUAAAUAAUAACACUUGGGUUAUUACAGAAGAAUUAAAGCCUUUAACAGUGAAUUUGGACUUCCAGAGAAACAAUAAGACUGUUUUCAAGGCUACAAGCUUUGUUGGAUAUGUGGGCAUGUUGACAGGAUUCAAACCAGGACUGUUUAGUCUUACACUAAAUGAACGUUUCAGUUUAAAUGGUGGUUAUCUGGGUAUCCUAGAAUGGAUUUUGGGGAAGAAAGAUGCCGAAUGGGUCGGGUUUAUCACGAGAUCAGUUCUGGAAAAUAGUACAAGUUAUGAAGAAGCCAAGAAUACCCUGAUCAAGACCAAGAUAAUGGCCCCAGCAUAUUUUAUCCUGGGAGGCAACCAGUCUGGGGAAGGCUGUGUGAUCACACGAGAAAGAAGAGAGGCUUUGGAUGUAUAUGAACUCGAUCCGAAGCAUGGCAGAUGGUAUGUGGUCCAAACCAAUUAUGACCGGUGGAAAAACACCUUGUUCAUUGAUGACCGCAGAACACCUGCCAAGAUGUGUCUAAAUCGUACGACACAGAAGAAUCUCUCAUUUGCAACCAUGUAUGACGUCCUAUCAACGAAACCUGUCCUCAACAAGCUGACUGUAUUCACAACCUUGAUUGAUGUUACCAAAGGUCAGUUUGAAAGUUACCUCCGGGACUGCCCAGACCCUUGUAUAGGCUGGUGAGCACACAUGGCCUACUGGACAUACUGAGACCUGAAGAUGUGUUCUCUGGCACGGCUCAUCUCCUUCCACAGACUAAGACUCAAGGCCUGUUGUCUUUCGUCAUGAGAUGUCCUCAGCGUGUCUGCAGUUUACAGACUGUGUCUGUGGUUUGCCUGUUUUCAUCAUCAUCACCACUCCCAUUUACAGGGCAAUUCUUUAGGGAUGCUCGCUGUGUGGAAUUUGCCAGUUCAUUUCACUCUGACACUGGGGAGGGGUAACCUGACCUCUGUGGAACAGAUCAAGGUCCUUUGCUGGUGUUAAUCCAGUGCCCUGUGUGAUUGAUGUAUACGUUCAUUCACCUUUCCUUUUUGAUCUCCAUUAUUUAUGUUUUUCUGUAUACCAGUAUUUUCCUUCUGGUUCUCUAUUAGAAUCAGCAUGUCAUUUACCUUCGCGGUUAGUGACAGCAAUGUGAUUUCACUAUGCUUGUCUGGGGUUUCUGAGAAAGACAACAUUAUUUUAAUGGAUAAUAUACCUUUGACUCUGAAAAUAGUAUUUGGGAAGGUUACAAAAUAAUCAUUAUAUAAACAGUAUUUUUUUAGAGAAUAAAAUUGUUCUCGUUUUCCUAAUUAUUCUACCUUCCAGUAACCCCAGGAAGUUUCUAGCUCAAAAACAUGAGUUCAAGAACUCAGCAAGCUCAUUAUUAUUGUAUGUAUAAUCCAUUUAAUAAUUUUGUUUCAUUUUUCAUUCUAAUCAACAUAUUUUUUAACUUUUCAUACAAUAUAGUUAUUAACAAGAUUUUUCAGAAAUCAACCUAUUUAUGAAAAAUGCUAACAGAACUUGUUCGUCUUUCUAACUUUCACAAUCGACAGUGAAAUGUGUGCUGUUUGUGCCAGACUGUACCCAUUUAAUUUUGUACAAUCUUGUUUUCCCAGGAUGCCCAAUAAACAGUCACUGGCAGUCA